GAAAUGAAAGUAAAAAAUAAAAUAAUUUAUCUUUAAUACCUCGUUAAACCCAAAACUCAGCGUAGAUUAUGUUUCUAAGCAUUCUAAUAGUACUUUCAGCAAAUGGCCGAACAAUAUUUAUUAUUUGUUGUAGAAUUUAGUGUGCUACAAGAGCUACUAAGAACAAGAACUGUGUUUGAUCUUGUUUAUGAACUGAAAUAACACAAAGUAAAAGCAAAUUAGUUGUUUAUAGUGGAUUUACCCGAAACUAUGUCGUGAAUAAAGUCACACAUCUUCGACAUACCUAUAUUGUUGAUUUUAUCCUGCACUAAACUUCACCGUGUAAUCGGAAGCUAAUCAAGUGUGUAAAAUAUGCUACAUUACCAAGAAAUUCAAUUAAAAAUGUUGAAACGUAAUUUUUUAAACCAUAAGAAUUCAGUUCAAUGUCUUUAAAUUCGUUGCGCCUAUAUAAAAUACAACUACAUUGUGUGUUCAAUUCUUAAGUGUGCUAUUCUGCUGAAAGUGAACAAAGGAUUUAUCCAAAAUGAUGAGCCAGCUACUGCUUAAACUAAUUUUUCUCAUCGUGUGUAUAGAGCUGGUUUUCUCAAAACCAAGUCCUUUCGAUUUAGUUGCCGAAGAAACUCAGCAAUUUGAACAGGGAAUUGGAAAAACUUCAGAACUAGCUCAAAAAACUGCUUCAGGCGAAGCUGGUAAAAAGGGCUACUAUGGGCAACACUCCAGUGAAAAAGGGGAAUUAGGACAUCACGAUAAAGAAAACCAUAAAAACAUAUACGCAGAAGCGGGUGGUAAUAAGAAGUCUCAUCAUCAUGACGAUGGAUACUAUGCUGAUGGUCAUAAAGCCACUCAUGACGAAAAUGGUUAUCAUUUUGUCGACAAGGGCAGCUAUGCGAAAGGGCACGACACUAAAGGUCAUCACAUUGUUCAGCGACUGAAUGAAUUCGAAAAGAAGAAGGAAUUCUUUGACGAAGAUCACGAUGAAGCUCACAAGGAAAGACAUGGAUCUUUUGACGUGGGUGAAGCGUUUAAAAAAGGUGAAGUGCAACAUGGAGGUCAUACCAACAAAGCUUCUACAGCAGAAAAAUAUGGAAGUUCAGCAAAAUCAGAAAAGGGAGCGUUUAACGCUGAAGAAAGUGGACAUGACAAAUCAGCCGGCAUCGAUCAAAACUUUAAAAGUGCUGAAGAGCAAGCAAAGAAAGGAAUUGCUGUUGUCUUUAAGGAAGUGGGGCUCAGCGAUAAAAAAGUUUUAUAGACUGAAAGUUUUUGAUCAUUUUGUGUAAAUAUAUUUAUUGUAGCUGGAUGUAAUUGAAAAUAUAUGUUGUAGUUCUACC